AACGCUUGCAAGCAGUAAUUGAUCAGAGAGGAGGAAAUACACACUAUUGAACUCUUAUGCGCGCGAGCGCAUACACACACAGCAGAGAGGGUUUGGAGCACAGUAUAAGUAGAACCAGUAGCGUCACUUCAUAAAAAUAGCGUCGGAGAAUUGCUACGCGCAUGCGCUACAUUACUACCCACAAUAUGGCGUCAACUGUAUAAGAAGCACAUGUUCUGUGAGUGUAGUAUGGUUAUGUUAUGUUAUAUUAUUACAUUAUUAUAUUAUUAAACAAGAUUUGUGUUAUGGAGCGUGUAAUUGUUGGCGAUUUUAUGUGCGCAGUGAGUGAUUGCAAUAACAACUCGGGAGCGGAUCGUCAUUUAAGUUUCUUUCGUUUUCCAUCUAAUUCAAAAAGAGCAAAAGUGUGGCUACAAGCGUGUGGCAUAAAAAAGAAUAUUCCAGAAAAAAAACUCUACAAUAAUUAUAGAGUUUGCUCAAAACAUUUUGCCCCCCACAUGUUUUUAAAUAAUUUAAAGAAUCGACUUCAGCCACAUGCAGUUCCAAUAAGUGCGGUUCCUAAUAUUUCCAACGAAGCUGUUACUGCUACUGAAAGUGAAAUCAACGUUGAAACUUCAAUAGAAAAUUGUACAGAAGAUGUACAAGUAAAUGUGCCCGAAGUUAAAAUCAGUUAUUCAAGAGCCAAUUUGACAGAUGCUAUUUCAAAUACAAUAGAUUUUAAUUCAUCAAAUAAUGUUCUACAAUGUAAAGAAGAUAAAGCUACUGAAACCGAACCAAAAUUAUCCAAUCGAACACCAAGGAAAGAAGCUCUCAGAAGAAAAUGUGAUACUGCAGAAAAAAGAUUAAAACGUGCCAAACUUGAAUAUAAUAAGGAAAAAAAUUUAGAUGAUAUUACUUAUAGCGAUUUUCAGAAACUCCUUUACAAAUUUUAUCCAAAGCCGAUAGCUGAUUUUAUGAAAGUUCAGGGAGAUAAUUUCAAUAACAAAAAAAAUGGUGACUAAAUCCUGCCAAAAUAUUCAGCGCAUAAUUAUCAACAAAAUUAUUCUUAUUUGAGAGCGUUCCAAUUGACAAUGACGUUGUAAUUAACUUACAACGAUGGGUGCAUAGAAGUUUCCUUUUGAAACAGCCAAUCAACAAAUUUUAUAUUAAAUAAGCCUAUUAGCAACGUGAGCAAUCGAGUGCUACUCUUUGAAUUGUUGAUAUUAACAAAACAGAAAUAUAUUAAUUUUCCAUGUGAACUAAAUAUUUUACAUAAAAUAACAAUAAUAACAUAGAAAUAAAUUAUUAUAUUUUAUAAUAAAUUGUAAAUUAUAAAAACUAUUAACUUAUCAGCUCAUAUAUUCUUAAAUAGUAAUUGUAAAAGGCUAAAAAACGAGCGCAUAAUUAGAUCUUAAUAUAAUUAAUAUAAUUAAUUUAUUCCGUAUUAAAUAUAAAGAUGUAACGUUUUGGCGUAUUUAGUCUUCCUCAGCCGUCAAUAAUAAAUAUUCAAAUACAUAACAAUAUUAAACAAUUAAGUUCAAGUAAAAUUAAAUUAAGUCUCAAAAUAAUUCACAAAUAACUCUAAUUACGUUCGUUUUUCUAGCCUUUUAUAUUAUUACAUUAUAAAUUGUAUUUAGCAUAAAGUUAAAAUUGUAUGUUUUUUAGAAAUUGUACAUUUUUAUAAAUUAUAUAUUUUUAGAAUGAUUAAUUUAUAUCCAUAUAGAGUGUAAAAUAUAAAAAAAUUGUGUAUUUUUAUUUUAUAAGAGAAUAUGAAUCAUUGAUCAAGAAUUUAUGCUGUAAAUCGACGUCUUAUGCAUAAUUUGUAAUAAAUCUAAUUGUACAUUAAUUUCAAUUGUUUAUUAUUAAAUAAAAUAAAAAUGAUAAAUA